UCUAUAACAAACCCUUCUCUCUCUAUAACAAACUUCUCCAUUCAUCUUACCGGAGAGAAAUUUGAUCGGAAUCAUCAUGUCGAGUGGAAAUGAAUCAUCAUCAUUCGCCGGAAAGUCACCGGAGAAAUCGAACUUCGCUAAUACUUGCAAUCUCCUCAGCAACUACUUAAAAUACAAAGGAAAUUUGAGAGAUCUUAGCCCUAAUCUCGCCGGUCAAUUGGCUGCCAAAGAUCUAUCGGCUACGUCUUCGUACAGAGCUCUGGAUUUGUUUCCUCAGCAAGCCGGAGAAGUUAAUCUGAGCAAGAUAGAAGAAAAAAAUGAAUCAAAAUCGGCCCAAAUGACAAUAUUCUAUGGUGGACAAGUCCUCGUAUUCAAUGAUAUUCGAGCAGAAAAGGCUAUGGAGCUCAUGUCUUUCGCGACCACGGGUGUUACGAAUCCUACUAAUAAUUACUCGGAAAACAAAACAAUGCGUGUUUCGGGAUCCUCAUUGGUUUCAGAUUUACCAAUGACGAGAACUUCAUCGCUCUAUCGAUUCAUGGAAAGACGAAAAGAGAGGGUCGCAGCUAGAGCGCCAUACAAAGUAAAUGGACGAGGCAGUCUCAAGACAUGGAAGUCGAGUGAGGAGGAUCAACUCGAGCUUAGUUUAUAGGAAAAUAAUUGGAAUAUUAUAAUUAACGUAUUAUUGUGAUUUGUCAUUUGUGAAUAGGAAGUAAUUAUAGCAAUGGAAAUUUGGUAAUUAUGUGAGUCAAAUGAUCAUUUGAGAUAAAAGAAAUAUGAACUUUCUUCUUUUUCUUA